CCCCACUUAUUCCCGGGAAAUAAAACCAAACAUUUUCUGUUGGCGGCAUGCUGGCUUUACAGCGCGCGCAUCAUACCGAUUGCGCACACUUCUCUCCACCUCUCUCUCUCCCCGCCCCCACCGUUUCCCUACCCUUCCUUCGUCAUUUUCUUAUUCACUCACACUCACUACUCGAUCUGUUGUUCAGUUUCAUCUCCGCUGACUGCCAGCGAGUGGUGCGCCGACGCGGGGGACGUGACAGGGACGCGCACGGAGCGCCGCGGAUGCUCGUAACAAGUGGCCGGCAGCGGGAGGGAGGGCGCGCUUUAAAUACAGUGCAAGUCCCACUUCAUUCCGAGACGGUGCUACGUCUGCAACGGCGGCUUUAUAUCAAACGGACCCAAACCUUGGAGCCGCGCUGAGAUACUGUCUUAUUAUUAUGAAGAUGAUAAUCGCCGCGGGUGGAUGUGUCGUGUUUGCUGGAUAUACGCGUGUGGGCUUUUUAACCAAGUACGGGCGUCUUUGAGCGGUCUUUCCUCCCUUCUGGCUGUGGCGGAGCAGAAAGCGAACCUCGGGGAGCGCAGGAUGAGAAGCGCCGCCUGGCUGCUGGGUUACUUCGUGCUUAAAGUUGUGGUGCUGCUGUGCGACGCGGCCGGCGAGCCCGGACGCCAACUCAGCGGCUUCGUCAUGAUGUCGGGCUCCAACGACUCCAGAGACAGCGAGAACAGCUUAACGGAGACCCCGCAUAUUGAGGACCGCUGCCGGGGUUACUACGACGUGAUGGGACAGUGGGACCCCCCGUUCGUGUGCAGGACCGGCAGCUACCUGUACUGCUGCGGGACCUGUGGCUUCAGGUUCUGCUGCGCGUUUAAGAGCUCGCGCUUGGAUCAGAGCACCUGCAAAAACUACGACACUCCCAUGUGGAUGAUGACGGGUAGACCCCCCUCCAAAAAAAACGACCCCACUCACGACCCGACCAAGGAUAAAACUAACUUAAUUGUCUACAUAGUCUGUGGAGUAGUGGCUAUCAUGGCGCUGGUUGGGAUAUUCACGAAGCUCGGACUGGAAAAGGCGCAUCGACCCCACAGAGAAAACAUGACCAGAGCUCUCGCAAACGUCAUGCGGCAGCCAGGCUCGUGCCCAGCUGAGCCGAUGGAGCGCGAGGAGGGUCUGGGCGUGCACGUGCAGCACUACGAGAACCUGCACGCGCGAGUCACCGUUAACAAUUUCCAUGGCGCCAUGAACAGCCUGGGCCCCACCCCCACCCUGGUGCCCACCAUGACCCAGCCGCACCCGUACGCAACACUGGGGGGGCCGCUGACGCACACCUACAAUCAGCCGCCACUGGCCAAGGAGCUCAACAAGUAUGCGUCACUGAAAGCAGUAGCGGAAAAGGCCAAUGACAACUUCUACGUGAAUCGCCGGCAUUUGACUGACCUGAGCACCAAGGGCAGCCUGCCCCUGCACCCCGUGCCCCUGCACCCCGUGCCCCUGCACCCCGUACGCCUGCAGCACAACACACCGCCCUUCUACGCACCCGAGCCCCUGGUGGCCCCACCGGCGCCCCUUCCGACCCCCCUGGCGGUCACCCUUCCGACCCCCUUUCCGACCGCCCUUCCGGCCCCCCUCCCCAUGCCCGUCCCCAAGCAGAAUGGGCACAAGCCAAGGGUGGCACGUGUCCAUGGGCCGCCCCCGCUGGCGUAUGCCUCACACACCAUCGCCAGCCCGGGCAUGAUGAAGGGCUGGAGCACCAUGGAGGCCUCUGCCACGCUGGGGCCCCGCUCGCUGUACGGGGCCCGCAAGCACUGCACCAUGGAGCGGUCGGGCCAGCUCUACCUGUCCCGCAGCCAGCACUACCUGCCCCCCCACCCUUAUUUUGUCACCAACAGCAAGACGGAGGUGACUGUGUGAGAUGGCCCCACCCUCAUGCACCCGGCCGGAGGGAGGGAGAGAGAGCGAGAGAGAGAGGGAGAGGGAGAGAGGUGGGGAGGCCCCCCAGCCUCGUGUUCUGGGAUGUGGGUGUUGCGGCAGUGCGUCUUUGUGCAUCUUACACGGCCCCCAGGGGGGAGACAGGUCAACAAAUGGAGAGAAUGUCUGUCUGACACUUUAUUCUCUUAACAACGGCGAUGAACGGUGGAGCAGUGCUGGGCAGCGGGACAGGGGCCCCCAGGGGCCACAUUAGCAGUAUGGGAGCAUCGCGGUUAAUGGCUGAAUACACCUGGGGUGGGGGGGGGCCUGGAGCCGAAAAAAACAGCAAAAAUGUGUGGGGCGGAGAAAAAGUCCCGAAUUUCGGAGUUGCAGCAGUGACACAUCGAGCGGCAGCGAGACCCUGACUCAGGCCUCCAGCCGGGCCUGCCCACGUACGGCACACCGACAGGGAGAAGAUACCGGAAACCGGAGCGUCCAGCCGGCAUGUGACGGCCACGCCCUCCGCGUGGUCCCCGGCUCACCACCUCUUCCCCGCCCCCCCUCAUCCCCUUGUGAUAGACCCCCUUUCUUUACUUUCGUGGUUAAGGACUGCUUUGUUUUCCAGUCGUACACGGAAUGUCCUGCCUGUUAGAGAACAAGGGAUGGAAACUGCCCAGAGAACUGGGAACACACUGCGAUCCCAUACAGCUUGGGAGUAGCGGCCUGUGACGUGACUUCACUUCUUCUGCCUUUGUCCCCGACGAUAAUGCGGUUAGAGGACUUGGGGGACGGCGUGCAUUGUCGCCAUGGUAACAGUUGCUGUUCUUCCAGUUACAUCCUCAGAUAGUUAACCUUGCUGUUUAAGUACUGUGAUAGGGAGGAGUCUCGCCCACCUUAACCCUAACCCUAACCCUAAACUUAACCCUAAACUUAACCCUAAACUUAACCCUAAACUUAACCCUAACCCGCCCCUACUCAUAGACAAACAGUAAAAUUAGGACCUGGUAUAAGAAGGAAAUAGAAUAGAUAAAUUCACACAGCUUAGCGGUAAGUCUGUCCUACAUCCUGUCCGUGUUCGUGAACAACGCAGUAAACACGAGGACAGCGAGGCCUUGGAGCGUCACUUCGCGGGGACUCGGCGUCACAGCGGGGGAGUUCUCCCGUCCUCGGGCAGGGCCCGCCACAUCGUCUGAAUGCUACUGUAUGUGUGCGAUUUCUAUGUCGUGCCAAGCUCUGUUUUUUAUGACUUUUUAAAGAAUAUGGUGACCAUAGCAACAGGAAUGAAAUUACUGGACUACAACAGUGGACAGAAAUGAGUUUUUUUUUUUCCUCUUGUUCUGUUUUGACCCGUUAAUAUUUCCUUUUUGGCUUCUGAUGAAUUUAUAUAAAAAUGUAUUAUUGUGUGCAGUAGAUGUGAAAUAAAUUCCUUUGAACUGUAGAUUCCCUAAA